UACAUGUAUUCCGUUACUCCCCAACACUGUCUACAGAUUCCAUCGAUCUCAAUAAAUUCAGCAUCUGUUGGAUGUGUUUGAUUGACAAAUCCACACUCUAUCUCUCUAUAGAAGCUCUACCUUGUUCACAGGUUCAGUUCAGUUUAAUUCAAUUAAAUCUUAUUUGUAUAGCACCAAAUCACAGCCACAGUUGCCUCAAGGCGCUUUAUACUGUAAAGAGCCUGCAAUAUUAAUAAUUAGCACCUCUAAUAGUACUAACUGGUGCUAAUCUCUUGAAGCCAGGAUACCUUCACAGGUCCUGUGAAGUAUGCAUUGUAUCAGUGCUGGUCUACUGUGUACAUAAAGUUAGGAAAAUGGUUUUAAUGUGUGAUGAUGGAAUUCUUCCAUGAGGACACCAAGCUUGUCUGUGUGUAUUUCUGUGUAUGUAGAGGCAUUAAUCUGAGCUUAGUGAGUCUUAGGAAUGUGAGGAAUGGUAAUCACCUUUACUCUAAUUACUUUUCUACCCUCACCAUACUGUCAGCUACACUUUAGGUACCUCACAGCACAUAACUCGCCCUUGUCCACUGCUGCGGCUCACACUGUCAGUAUGAUUCCUAACACUGUCUUCCUCACACUAUCUGUUUGUUUGGGCCUGUUUUGCUCGACUGCCUCCUCUCGUGGGAGAUCGGCUAACAAGGCAGGCUGCUUCAGAGUCAACAGCUGCAAAUGCAUCAUGGAGAAUGGCAGCGGAGUUAUAAACCUGAAGGCUAUGGGAGAUGCAGAUGGUUUCCUGGGUCGUUUGAAGCCCGUGGCAGCAGGCAGUGUGGUCCCGGUGGACAGAGAGGUCCUCCUGUCCUUCAGCCCAUGCCAGCAUUUCUCCCUGCCAGAUGACUUCAUAGGAAGUGACUGCACCGAUGUCGCAGCGUGCCUCAUUGUCAGGGAUCACAGGCUCGGCGGACACAUCAGCCAGUAUAUCAACUAUGGAAACCAUGAAGGGAAUGAGUUCCACUACAACGACACACUAAAGCUGCUGUCUGUCUCCUACUUUGCUCACAACAAGGACCCAAUGACAGUCGUGCAUUACCACUGUAAUCCAAAUCAGUCCACGUCUAUCAUCCAAGAGCAGAGCCUGAACAGCAGGGAGCCCCUGCAGAUCUGGGUGGAGAGCCUCUGUGCUUGUCCAAAUGCCUGUGCUGUGGGAGAUCUGGGUCUAGGCACCAUCUUCCUCAUCAUCCUCUCCUUCAGUGGAGCUGCAUACUUCCUCUUUGGCUCCUGUGCACUGAGACCCUUUCGCAGCAGCAGUGGUGCCCAGAUCUCUCCAGAGCACAGUGUGUGGUGCACGAUCUGCUACCUGUGUGCCGACAGGAGGCCAGCAAGAAGACACUACACAGAUGCGGCAGAUUGCAGGCAGGACGACGAACACUGCAGCACGCCUCAGUCUGGCUCUGUUCUACAGUGUGCUUAAGGCAUAAAAUCACACACUUCUUACUGAACAAGUCAGUCCCUGCAGUUGUUUUGUUGAAUCCUUAAUAAAAGACACUUUAACACUAACAAUCAGCAGUGAUGAUAGCAAUAACAUACUAUCACCUUAAAAGGAGAACUUUAGUUUUAACCAGUAAGUUUUUCUUUGUACAAUUAACAAAUCAAACAAAAAAGAAAUUUAACUCCAGUUCAUUCAUUGCACACUGCUGUUGGAAUAAUUGGGACUUUAAACUGAGUUUGUUUAGUCAGUCAAGAGAUUUCAUGUAAAUAAGAUGUGAAAAUGCAUGUUUGGCCUGCCUUUUUUAUUGAGCCACAAGAUGGCAGUAAUUUACAGGAUGGAUGCAAACAGUCAUGAUAGAAACUUUACAGACGGCUGUUUUAGCUGUAAGGAAAGAAAUGACUUUGACUUUACGUCGGCCAUGAAUGAUCAACGAUCAAACACUGCUCAUCCUGCUUGUCCUGACAGAAGAGAGGACAAGACAAGUGACUGAAAAACAGGCUUUGUUUUCUGACACAUCAGUGUGUCCCUAUUGACUCUCAUGUUAAAAGACUAAAAUAUAGCAAUAAUAAUAAUGGACUGCAUUUAUAUAGCGCUUUUCUAGGCACCCAAAGUGCUUUACAAUUCCACUAUUUAUUCACUCUCACAUUCACACACUGGUGAAGCGAGGCUGCCAUAUCGCGC